AUGUACGUGCUGUUGAUACUUUCAAGUAUUUUAAUUCUUUGUGCUAAUGGUGGUUUAAUUGUUAAAUGUCCAGAAACACCUUCAAAAUGGUGUGAAACAAAAGAAAUUGCUCAAGCUUGCAAUGUAAUUGAACAAUGUCAAUUAUAUGUAUGGAAAGUUCAAGAUAAGAAUGAUAAAGUUAAUUUAACACUUUAUUAUGAAACACUUUGUCCUGAUUGUCGAAAAUUUAUGACAACAGAACUUUGGAAAGCAUAUCAAACUAUAUUUGAUAUUGUUAAUAUAACUCUUGUUCCAUAUGGAAAUGCACACGAAACAUAUCAACCAGUAACCCAACUUUAUCAAUAUGUUUGUCAACAUGGUGCACAAGAAUGUUUAGGAAAUCUUAUUCAUACGUGUGUUCUUAAUUAUUAUCCAACUAUUCAACAACAUAUGCCAUUUGUAUAUUGUACUGAAUCAAGUAGUGGUGAUGUUACAACUAUUGCUAGUCAAUGUGCAGAAAAAUCUAAGAUGGAUUUUAAUAAAAUUUUUAAUUGUACACAAAGUAAAUUAGGUAAUCAAUUACAACAUAUAUAUGCAGUUCAAACAGAAAAUCUUCAACCACCGCAUAAAUAUGUCCCAUGGAUAACAAUUAAUGGUCAACAUACUGAAGAAAUGGAACAUGAAGCAGAAAGAAAUUUAAUCAAACUUAUAUGCAAAUCAUAUAAAGGAUCCAAUCCACCUAGUUCAUGCAAAAAAUAA